AAGCAAUUGUCAUUUGUCUGCUCUCGCGCUCAUUUGCUUCCUUCCGUAGCCAACGUGCGCUCCCAUUGAAUCUUCGAUGUUCUGCUCCAUAGUGACGGUGAACGGUGUUGCGACCGGCUUCCUGGUUAGUUAAAUAGAAUUAUCGGGUAGCUGUUUGUUUUAAUUUUUUUUAAUAGCCAAGUGAGUGGGUUACGGUUAAACAGUGUAUGUGUUCGGUGUGGGAAAAAAAUGGAUUUUUACGAUAAGGACGAUUUGUAUCGCCAGCUGGAUCAGCUGGAAGAGGAGUUUAAUGUUGUUUUGAGGAAAGACACAGUUUCUUCUGUGCGCGGUAGUAAUAGUAAUAGCAGCUCCAGCCAAUAUAUGGUGUUCUCUGAUUAUGGGUUAAAUACCAGAAAGGAUUUGGAAGAUUAUUGGGCAUGCGAGCAGUCCAUUGCUAGUGCCCGAGCAAGUGUGAUGGUAUAUGAUGAUGUUAACAAAAAAUGGAUACCAUCGGGCACGUCGUCGGGUCUGUCAAAAGUUCACAUCUACCAACACACGGUACAUCAAACGUUUCGAGUAGUUGGCAGAAAACUUCAGGACCACGAAGUCGUCAUCAAUUGUGCCAUUUUAAAAGGACUGAAAUACAACCAAGCCACAUCCACGUUUCACCAGUGGAGAGACAAUAAGCAAGUUUAUGGAUUAAAUUUUAGCUCUAAGGAGGACGCUGAUUGUUUCGCUAGAGCCAUGUUCCAUUCUUUAGAAGUACUUAGUAACAUAGUUAGGCAACCAGCACAGCCACCCCAAUAUGUCCCACCAACGCAACAAAUACAACAACCGCCCCAAAUCCAAAUGCAACCGCCUCAACCCCCGCAGAUGCCUCAACAAACCCAAUACGACGAAGAUAUGGGAUACCGUACGAUGACCCGCGAAGACGUAGCUAUCCUCCAAGAAAGGAGGAUAUCUUCCAAUCUCAUGUCUCCGCAACAAACCUCCCCGAUGACUCCCCAACAGAAUAACGUGCCUGUACCGCCAGCCAUGCCCUUGGGAGCGCCGAGUCCAGUUUCGCCUCCACAGAACGUUGUUGUGGGGAACCAAACUGGACACCAACGGACGGUAAGCGCUCCGCCGGCACCUCCUCCGCCCCCAGGUCCUCCCGGGCAGCCUGGUGGCGGAGCGGCACCUCCCCCACCGCCACCACCACCUAUGAAUAUGUCUAGGUCGCAGAGUAGCGAUGGCGGCGAAGUCAACUCGUUAGCUGCCCAAUUGCAAAACGCUAGGCUCAAGAGGAAUAGUAAGAAUACUCCACCUCCGACUGAAAAUAGUGGCUCAUCGACCAGUAGUGGCGGUAGCAGUAAUUAUGGUACCCUUGGAAGAGGAGGCGGUGGUAGUAUGGCCUCGAUGAUGGAUGAAAUGGCCAAAACGUUGGCUAGGAGACGAGCUGCGGUGGAGAAAAAAGUGCCGGACAAAGAAGACGACGAGAAGAAAGCGGCGAUAUGGGAGAAGACCAACACCCUACCGAGCAAUACUUCAAAAUUCAACUCAGAAUCUCCGAAGGGCGUCAGAAAACGAUUCGGUUCGGCGUCCGAAGAAACGAUAUUAAAAGUUAAUGGCCUAUCCGAAGUGGGGGGACUGUCGAUCGGUCCCACCGAAAUGGAGAGUCUCAAAAAUGAGAUAGUCAAAGAGGUCAGAAAAGAAAUCGCGAAAAUGAAACAGGAAAUUCUAGAUGCAAUCAAAUCAGAACUGAACCGAAGGUAAUUUACGUGCAAAGCAUCAGAACCUUAAUAAUUAUUGAACUUUUUGUAUCAUUUUUACACAUGAACCAGACUAAACGACAAUUUAUAAUGUUUAAGAUGUAAGUAAUAAUCUCGAUAUUUCUAACGUAUACAAUGUGCGUUUUCGUUUCGAAAAGUGGAUUAUGGAAAGCAUUCUCCUUUUUGUACAUUCGGCCGUUCUGUACAGCACUAGAUAGGUAAUUUAAACAAAUAUAUGUAACGAAAAAUACGGGGGUUGUGUAAGAUUCUAAAAAUCGGAGAUACUUUUCGAUAUUUUUUUAAAGAUGUUUGAAAAAAUAUUUCCCUUGAUUCAUAUAUUCAGUCAUUUCAGCUAAAUUUAUAAAAUUUGCUGAUAAAAACACUACAGGUUUCUUGUCAAAAAUGUGUUAUGAUAUUCUUCGUUUUUAUGAUAUAUUGCAUUUAGAAAAUAAUCUUCAAUAUAGUAAUACAUUUUUUUAACUGAACAACAUAUUCUAAUAAAUUGGAUACAAAAUUUCUUUGGUCUUAUAUUUUGGAAGCUUCAUUAAAUAUUCCCCAAUUAUCGUUAGAUCUCUUCAAUAAAAUCGACGUUUUUCCUUUGAUUCUCAGUUUCAAUUUAAUUGAGAAGUAGAAAGCACAAGGGCAUAAGUCAGGAGAGUUGGUAGUUGGAUGUCGGAAAGUGGUCAUGCUGUUUUGUGCUAAAUCACAAUUAAGGCUCGUUAUCAAUGCCCAAUGAAUUUGUUUUUGUUCUUGCACAUCUCAGACUAUUAAAGUUACAUAUUCUUCCUCAGAAACCCAUGCAGUAGAACUGUAUCAAGGAAAUUGUUCCAGGUUCGUCCUGUUUCUGGGACUAGAUUCCGGUCAAGCCUUUAUUGUGUUGGAUAUUAAAAUAAAGCAGAUAGUGGUCAUGCUGUUUGGUGCGAAUUCAUAAUUAAGGCUCGUUAUCAUUGCACAACAAAUUUGUUUCUGGUCUUGCACAUUUCAGACCAUUGGAGUUUUGUAUUCUCCCUUAGAAAUCUACUCAGUAGAACCAGGUUCUUCCUGAUUCUGAAACUGUUUCGGCCAAGUCUUUAUUACGCAUCAAAUUCAAAUUGGCGGGAAAUAAAAAAUAAAAUUCAAAUCCGGCUCCAGGAUUAUGAAGAUUAGAUUGCUUUCGUAGAUUGGAAGUAGGUUAUUCAAAUAUUUUUCCGAAUGUCUGCGUAUAUACCUAAAUAUCGAUCGGUACCUCCAAAUCGGGUACAGAACGGCCGAAAAAAUUUUUACAUUAAAAAUUGCUAGAUAGAUGUCGUGAGGAAAAAAAA